AUGACAAAAAGGAUUAUAAAAAAUGAUAUAACAUCGAAAGGAAUAGCUAGAAGUUCAAAAAGUGAUGUCACUUCAUUUAAGGAUGAGGAUAAAGUAUUAGAAAAUAGUAAUAAUGUUCAACAUAAAGGACAUAUAUUAACAAUAGAAAAUAUUUUAGAUAAUGAUAAUAACCAUAUAGAUAGUGCGAAUGAUAAGAAAAUAAAUAAGAAAUUAAUAAUUAAGAAUAAGAAAAAAAAUAAUAAUAAUAAUAAUAUGAAUACACAUGAAAUGAGAAUUAUAACAAUACCUAAACAAAGAAGAAGUUCAGUUAUAAAAAAUUGGUUAGAAUUAAUAAAACCAAUAGUAACACAUUUAAAAUUAGAAAUAAGAAUGAAUAAAGAUAAAAUUGAAGUACGUACAUGUAAACUAACAGAAGAUAAAAAUAAUUUACAAAAAUCAUCAGAUUAUAUUAAAGCAUAUUUAUUAGGAUUUACAUUAGAAGAUUCUUUAGCCUUAUUAAGAAUCGAAGAUUUAUAUAUAGAAAGUUUUCAAAUUCAAGAUGUCAAAAUAUUAAAAGGUGACCAUUUAUCUAGAUGUAUAGGAAGAAUAUGUGGAAGUAAUGGAUCUACCAAAUAUGCAAUUGAAAAUGCAACAAAAACAAGAAUUGUUAUAGCUAAUGAUAAAAUUCAUAUCUUAGGUAGUUUUAAUAAUAUUAAAAUGGCAAGACAUUCUAUAUGUAGUUUAAUCCUUGGUUCUACACAAGGAAAAAUAUUUAAUAAAUUAAAUAUUUUAGCAAAAAGAAUGAAAGAAAGAUUCUAA